AUGUAUGUGUACAUGGAGCAGCAGGUUUGUUAUGAGACCUACAAGGAGACAGCAGAUUGGCUGCUAUCAAAAACCAGCCAUCGACCAAAGGUAGCGAUAAUCUGUGGCUCUGGACUCGGUAGCCUCGCUGAUUCACUCACAAAACAGGAGAUCUUUAAAUACUCUGAUGUCCCCAACUUUCCGCAAAGCACAGUGAAAGGACAUGCUGGUCAGCUGGUAUUUGGAGAGCUGAAGGGAAAGACUUGUGUCUGCAUGCAAGGGCGUUUCCACAUGUUUGAAGGAUACUCACUGACAAAGGUGACUUUUCCUGUCCGUGUAUUCCGAUUGAUGGGUGUUAAAGUCCUCUUCGUGACCAAUGCUGCAGGAUCAGUUGCUGAUGGUUACAACACAGGAGACAUCAUGAUCAUUAAGGACCACAUUAAUAUGCCAGGUCUUACUGGGCUGCAUCCUCUCAUUGGACCCAAUGAUGAACGGUUCGGUACCCGUUUUCCUAGCAUGGCUAACGCAUAUGACAAAAGCCUCAGGAAUCUGGCCCUGGCUGUAAGCAAGGAACUGCAGUGCUCUGAUUACGUGCAGGAAGGUGUCUACUGCAUGGUUUCAGGCCCGCAUUUCGAGACCAUUGCUGAAGCACGUCUUCUUUACAAACUUGGAGUUGAUGCUGUGGGAAUGAGUACUGUUCCUGAGGUCAUUGUCGCGAAACACUGCGGCUUGCGUGUGUUUGGACUUUCACUGAUCACCAAUAAAGUGACAAGGGAGUAUGAAAGCACUGAGGUGGUGGAUCAUGAAGCUGUCCUGAGUAUUAGCGAGAUGAGGACAGGAGUGCUCCAAAAUCUUGUAGCGGAGUUGGUGGCUCGUAUGAAAAUCAAUGAUGACUGCUAACCUACGGAUGAAGAAAUAAAAUGGAUGCAAGGAUCAACAAGAUCUCCAUCAUUUUCAAAACUUAAUUUUGGAGCAUAUUUGCAUGUAACUGAAAUAUAGCAUUGGACCAAAUCACUCUGGUGGCUGUCACUGCCCAGUUUUUCACAAUGUUAAUUAUAAUUAAAACUUACAUUAAA